AUGCAGCAGUGCACAGUAGUCAGUGCAUCCGGAGUUCGUGUCCCAUUAGCAGAUGGCCGAGCCGUGAUCCUAGGUCGUGGUCCAGAGACUGGAGUUGUUGACAAGAAGUGCUCCCGACACCAGGGUAAGAGGACUAGCUAGCUAACGUUAGAUACGUAUCAAUGGCUAUGUUCAGAUUAUUUAUAUUUACUCCCCAAAUGUGUACUUGUUCACUUUCCUUCAUGGAUUUAAAAGGAAAUGAAUGGUAUAUGGAAACUCCCUCUAGCCCAUGCUUACACCGAUUCAAUGCUUUUAAAUAUGUGAAGAGUAGUGAUUGAGUGUAGGCUUCAGGAGAAAGGAGAGAUUAUUGGAUGCAUAUUUCUGUCCGCAUAAUUUUAAAUGCGGUGUCUGGUGGGAUUACUCCAGCCAGCUAUCUAAACUGCACAACUAUCUAAAAUGUUUCAUAUUCCUUCUAGUGAAGCUGGUGGCCUGUUAUGCAGACAAGGAGGUACUUGUAACACAGGUAUGACAUUAUUACAUUGUGCCUGUUGUUGAGGCCAACACUCUCUUUUCUUAAUUUUACACUCUGCUUAACCUGUCUGUAACUGCUGUCAAAGUAAUAAUAGUUUUCCUCUUCAGCUUGGUCCAAACCCCUCUUCCUUGGGCAGUGAGAGUCUUGGUAGAGGCCAAUCUGGCCGACUGACCCAUGACAGCACCCUCUACCUGGUCAACCAGAGCCACCCCUUCAGAGUGCAGUUCUCUGCUUCCAAUGAAACCUCCUCAUCCUCUGCCCAGAAGGGGAAGGCUGUAGAAAUAUUGAAAGCGUCGGAUAAGACAAAAGGAGGGACAGGUCCCAAACGCAGCAUCAAAGACUUCUUUCCUUCCUCUCCCAAGAAGGUAUGAGAACACGUUAAUCUUUAACAGAGAAAAUGGCAUGCAUUAUGCAUUGUAAUUUGUCUAGCAAUAUUUUGAGUAACCAAGAGGACUGAACGUAUCACUUAAAAUGUUCAAAAUACACCCAUGUUUUCUCAAUGCCAACCUCAAUUUACUUGAAGUUUCAUUUGACCAUACCGUGAUUCUGUUUUUGUUUUUCACGCAGUCAUCCAAGAGGCCACACCGUUCUGAGGAGGACCCGCAGGAGAAGCGUCUGAAGACUGAGGGCUCAGACAGUGGGGGCGAGGACGAGGCUGAGAAGCUUGCUGAGGAGAAGCUCCGACAGCUCCAGGAGAUGUCAGAGAGGGCUUCAGGGGCUAGCAGAGAUGGUGUCCAGCAGCAGGCAUCAGCCUCAGCAUGUUGUCAAAGCCACUGGCAACAGAUUGGAAACCUCAUGCUCUACACGGCUGCUGGCGUCACUGGAAGCACCAAGGUAAGAGCUAACUAGGUAACUCUGUACAACUCCAUAUUUGAUUUAAGCCAAUGAGUCUUUGUGUUAUGUUUGAAUGAGAUGCUGAAUAGAAUAUAACUUUUAUUGUCCAUCCAAGGAUUUAUAUUCUUUAGGCCUAUAUUUGAGCACUUUGGUCAUAUUGUUGCCACCAGCAAUACAGUUGUUAAAGUUUGCUUUCAACCAAGCAGUACAAACAUAAUUACUUUUAGUAAUGUCAUUUUUUAAAAAGCCGACCCAUCUUUCUUCCUGGCCCAGAUUGCUGGAUUCGACAUUGACGGCUGUAUCAUCACCACCAAUUCUGGCAAAGUGUUUCCCACCAGCCCAGAUGACUGGAGGUCAGCCAGUAUUCUGUUCUGGCUUUGCAUACGACCUCCUCUCACUUUGCUCUCUCCUCAUCACUCUUCUUCAUCUAUUGACUUGUGUCAUUUCCUUGCCUCUGUUUGUUCUCUUAUCUCCUUCACAGGAUUCUCUUUCCUGAGAUCCAACCCACACUGGCCAGCUUAUUAAAGAAAGGCUACAAGGUAGAAGCAAACAUAAAUGUAUUGUCAAGCAUGGACACGGCAAAGCUGUUUUAUGAGACCUAUUUCUUAUCCAUCCCUUUAAUGGUAGUUUGUGCGUAGAUUAAUAGCUAAUGAUGUUCCUGUUGUCCCUCCCAGGUUGUGUUCUUCACCAAUCAGAUGGGUAUCUCUAGGGGGAAACUGAAGCCUGAGGAUUUCAAGUCUAAAGUGGAGAACAUUCUGAAGACAUUACAGCUCCCCGUACAGGUUAGUCAAUAAACAUUUACACACAAAGAUAGAGCUUGGAAGCAGAUACUGUAUUGUAUCUGUGUUUUUCAGUGUUUUAUUGUUUGUAAUUCAGACGUUGACACCUCGAACUGUGUGUGUGUGUGUGUGUGUGUCUCAGGUCUUUGUGGCGUCUGGUCCUGGGAUCUACAGGAAGCCAGUGAUGGGAAUGUGGGAGCACCUUUGUGAGAAGGUGAGACCAGAAGACACGCCUCAUAUCAGACAUUGUGAAUAGGGAUUACAGGUAGACGAUGAUUGUAUCCUUCUACAAAAGACCACAACACGGGUGUGUCCCAAAAGGUUCACCAAAUCAGCUCCCUUUGGCAUUUUCUAGUUGUGUUUGUCAUCCACUCAGACCACAUUACCCUGGUGAGUCAUGACAGACCAGUCACUGCUUCAAGAUUUACACUACAUUUUAGUCAUUUAGCAGACGCUCUUAUCUAGAGCAAUUUACAGUAGUGAGUGCGUACAUUUUCAUACUUCAACAAGGGCAUGGUGUGGGAAAUAAAUAGAAUAGAAUGGAAUAGAAUAGAAAUAUCAGAUUAGAAUACGGUAGAAAUAUUAGCAUAGGAUAGAAAAGUACUUUAAUUUGUCCAUAUGCUUCCAGCUAGAAAUUUAUUUUUCCCUGCUCCCAACCCCCCCCAAACAACAAACAAACAUGGUACACCAUGUUUCUGUGUUUUUCCUCUCUCAGGCAAAUGGCGGUGUGGCUGUAGACAAGAGCCAGAGUCUCUAUGUGGGAGGUGAGUCAACAACAACACAACACCCCAUAGCAACAUAACGUCUUCCUCUUACUUAGCCUAUUCUUAUCCUGACUCUUGUAAGUGAUGUGCUGCUUAUGGACACGUUUGAUGAACGUGUACUCGCCCUCCAGCAGCUGAGAGCCUGAGACCUUUCUCUCUCCUCUGCCACAGAUGCAGCGGGACGCCCUGUUAACUGGGCUCCUGGCAAGAAGAAGAAGGACUUCUCCUGCAGUGACCGACUGGUAAGAGGACCUGUACUAACCUCUAGACCAGUCUGUUCAACCGUCCACCAGUCUGUCCUGACCUCUAGUUCCAGCGCAUCUUCAUACUCACCAAACAGAAAAGUGUCCCAAAUAGUGGGUUGAAAUAAGGAAUUUUAAUAUGAUAAAAAUCAGUGGAGACAAAUCAGCAGAGAAAAGUGUUCUUUGUCCACUGACUGUAUGAAAGGUCAUUCUUGCUAUGGUGUAGAUACACUUUAUGACCAGGUGUUGCACAGGCAUGCAUUGCACAUCUUAAAAAUGCCUGACUGUCACUGAUUCUCUCUCUCUCUAUCUAUCUAUUCUAUACUAGUUUGCACUGAACCUUGGGCUGCAGUUCCAAACUCCAGAGGAGUUCUUCCUGGGUUGGAAAAGCGCCCCCUUCAGUCUUCCUCCAUUUGACCCUGUGAGUAACCUGGUGGAUAUCAGUGGUAUUCUGUCUGUACAGAAUACAUAUCUGAAGCUUUUUAAGCCUCUGUAUGUGUCUCUCUCGCCAGAGGAAAUGUGACUCCAACGCCCGUCUGUAUGACCCGCCCAGUGCCUCCCUCACCUCCACCAAGCAGGAAGUCAUCAUUGCCGUUGGUUUCCCUGCUUGUAAGUGUGUGUAUAUAUAUUAUUUUAUUUUUUUCCUCUCUCUUUACUGACGACUAUCUCCCUUCUUUUUUAUCUAGCCGGGAAAUCAACCUUUUUCCACACACACAUCGUCCCCAAAGGUUACGUGUACGUGAACAGGGUGAGUGGAUUAGUGCGCUGUUGGAUCUCUUAACAUCCACACACGCGCAUAUACACACACUGACCUGACCUGUGUUUGUCAGGACACCCUGGGCUCGUGGCAGAGCUGUGUAUCGGCCUGUGAGCGGGCUCUGAAGGAGGGCCGCAGCGUUGUGGUGGAUAACACCAACCCAGACCCUGAGUCUCGCAAACGGUACUUGUCUCUGUGCUCCUACUAGUGUGUGGAGCACUUUUGGUUGUAAUUCAUGAACAACCUCAACCACAUACAGUGGGGAAAAAAAGUAUUUAGUCAGCCACCAAUUGUGCAAGUUCUCCCACUUAAAAAGAUGAGGCCUGUAAUUUUCAUCAUAGGUACACGUCAACUAUGACAGACAAAACGAGGAAAAAAAUUCCAGAAAAUCACAUUGUAGGAUUUUUAAUAAAUUUAUUUGCAAAUUUAUGGUGGAAAAUAAGUAUUUGGUCACCUACAAACAAGAAAGAUUUCUGGCUCUCACAGACCUGUAACUUCUUCUUUAAGAGGCUCCUCUGUCCUCCACUCGUUACCUGUAUUAAUGGCACCUGUUUGAACUUGUUAUCAGUAUAAAAGACACCUGUCCACAACCUCAAACAGUCACACUCCAAACUCCACUAUGGCCAAGACCAAAGAGCUGUCAAAGGACACCAGAAACAAAAUUGUAGACCUGCACCAGGCUGGGAAGACUGAAUCUGCAAUAGGUAAGCAGCUUGGUUUGAAGAAAUCAACUUUGGAGCAAUUAUUAGGAAAUGGAAGACAUACAAGACCACUGAUAAUCUCCCUCGAUCUGGGGCUCCACGAAAGAUCUCACCCCGUGGGGUCAAAAUGAUCACAAGAACGGUGAGCAAAAAUCCCAGAACCACACAGGGGGACCUAGUGAAUGACCUGCAGAGAGCUGGGACCAAAGUAACAAAGCCUACCAUCAGUAACACACUACGCCGCCAGGGACUCAAAUCCUGCAGUGGCAGACGUGUCCCCCUGCUUAAGCCAGUACAUGUCCAGGCCCGUCUGAAGUUUGCUAGAGUGCAUUUGGAUGAUCCAGAAGAGGAUUGGGAGAAUGUCAGAUGAAACCAAAAUAUAACUUUUUGGUAAAAACUCAACUCGUCGUGUUUGGAGGACAAAGAAUGCUGAGUUGCAUCCAAAGAACACCAUACCUACUGUGAAGCAUGGGGGUGGAAACAUCAUGCUUUGGGGCUGUUUUUCUGCAAAGGGACCAGGACGACUGAUCCGUGUAAAGGAAAGAAUGAAUGGGGCCAUGUAUCGUGAGAUUUUGAGUGAAAACCUCCUUCCAUCAGCAAGGGCAUUGAAGAUGAAACGUGGCUGGGUCUUUCAGCAUGACAAUGAUCCCAAACACACCGCCCGGGCAACGAAGGAGUGGCUUCGUAAGAAGCAUUUCAAGGUCCUGGAGUGGCCUAGCCAGUCUCCAGAUCUCAACCCCAUAGAAAAUCUUUGGAGGGAGUUGAAAGUCUGUGUUGCCCAGCGACAGCCCCAAAACAUCACUGCUCUAGAGGAGAUCUGCAUGUAAGAAUGGGCCAAAAUACCAGCAACAGUGUGUGAAAACCUUGUGAAGACUUACAGAAAACGUUUGACCUGUGUCAUUGCCAACAAAGGGUAUAUAACAAAGUAUUGAGUAACUUUUGUUAUUGACCAAAUACUUAUUUUCCACCAUAAUUUGCAAAUAAAUUCAUUAAAAAUCCUACAAUGUGAUUUUCUGGAUUUUUUUCCCUUAUUUUGUCUGUCAUAGUUGACGUGUACCUAUGAUGAAAAUUACAGGCCUCUCUCAUCUUUUUAAGUGGGAGAACUUGCACAAUUGGUGGCUGACUAAAUACUUUUUUUCCCCACUGUACAUGUCAGAUUCUGGUAAAUCCGCUACAUGCAUGAACCAAACCAGAGAUCUUUGAUUGAGUGUGUUUGUAGGGAAUACCAUGUGACUUCUAUACAUUGUCCCCCUCCAGGUAUGUUGAUGUCAGCCAGAGUUUGGGCGUGUCCUGUCGCUGCUUCAACUUCUCUGCCUCCCUGGAGCAGGCCAAACACAACAACAGAGUAGGUCUCCUCUCCCUCUACUGAACUGUAUAUACCAGACUACACAUGAUUCAUUCUUCAGCAGUUCAGAGUAGAAGGUGAUGUGAACUUGGGACCUGAUCGUCCACAUAGUAUAGCCCAACCUGGGACUUAAACUACAACCAUCUGGUUCAAUGUCCACUUCGUAAACCUUAUAAAGUACAGGCCAUGUGAGACGCCCAGUUCAAUAUAGGCUCUGAGGUGCUGGCCUGAUGCAGAGUGUUGUUCAUUAUUGGGCUCUUCCUGUGCUUUACAGUUCCGUGAGAUGGCCCCCUCCACCACUAAGCACCUCAAAGUCAAUGACAUGAUCUUCCACGGUUACAAGUAAGUGACAUUGGAUAUUAUCAAGGGACUUCACAGCAUCACAUUCUCAAAGUAGGGAUUCACUGGCCUCUACAUUGGGUUGAAAGGAUCAGAGCACACUAAUAUAACAUGUCUUUAUGGCUGCGUUUACACAGCCAGCCCAAUUCUGAUAUUUUGCCCAAUAAUUGGCAAAAGAGCUGAUCUGAUUGGUCAAAAGUCUAAUUAGUGGAAAAAUAUCAGAAUUGGGUUGCCUGUAUAAAUGCAGCAUAUACGUAUGUCAUGUAAAAUAAAUGCAUGUCUGAAGGCAUUUGCCCACUCUGAACAGACUUUUUCUCUCCACACAGGAAGAAGUUUGUGGCGCCCAGUCUCUUGGAAGGCUUUUCAGAAAUCCUGCAAGUUCAUUUUGUCCCAACCUUUACAGACAGCCAAUCAGAGGCCCUCUUCAGGCAGUUCUCUGAAGGCUGAUUGGGUGGCUGGCAUUCUAACGGUAUUCUAACCUAAGAUUUGUCAGAUUGUUAUUGGUGCAGAGUCAUUUCAGGAAAAUAAUCUAGCAGUUGUACGCUGUGGCUGUAUGUAGACAAACUAUUUUGUUACCUGCUGCUAAUCAACAAAUAAUUGCUAUUGCACUACAUACAUUUGAAGGUACCGAUGUUUUAACUAAAUGUAACCACAUCAGUAUUUUUGUUUGAUUGGCUUGAGUUUCAUAUUUUCAUAUCAUGUUUUCUUGUCAGAUAUACAGUACUUGUUUCC